CGCGGGCAGCUGGGCGAGCAGCCGGGCUUCAGCGGCGCGGGGCGAGGCAAGGCUGGGAGACACGCGCGGCUCCCCGUCUCUGCCCGUCGACCCCCGGGGGCUGUCCCCGCUAGGUCAGCCCCUGCGGAUAACACGUGUCGGCGCGUUCCCGCCGUUGUCAUUUCAUCACUGUCAUAGCCCCUCCCCGGGCCUGGGAUCCCCGGCCCCAUUAUCCCUGGUGCUGAGCUGGUUUCAGCUGGGUCUUUCCUCAGCCGUCCUGUCUGCUCUGCAGCAAGCGCCCCGUAGAGGACGCUCGUCAGCACGUUCUCACCCCUGUCAUCUCGCCUCUCUGCCUAGCUGCUCCUCAGGCCUGGGAAUCCCGGCCCCCGACGGCCCGUUGUCCCCGCGCUCCGGUCUUUUGCUGACCGCAGGCUGGGCCUUCGCCUCUGACCUGCGUGUUUCCCCCGGCAACGCGCCGCGACCUGGGAUGCAGCCCUGCAGGGCGGCGGCCAAGGAGGCGGCCGGCCGCGACGUGCUGGCCGCGGACCUCCGGUGCAGCUUCUUCGCCUCUGCGCUGCAGAGCUACAAGCGCGAUUCGGUGCUGCGGCCCUUCCCCGCCUCCUAUGCUCGCCACAACUGUAAGGACUUCGAGGCCCUGCUUGCAGAUGCCAGCAAGUUACCCAACCUCAAGGAACUUCUGCAAUCCUCUGAAGACGAAGACGAAUGGGCCUGGGACCUGGUGAGCUGGAUUUUAUCCUCAAAGGUCCUGACAAUCCACAGUGCAGGGAAGGCAGAGUUUGAAAAGAUCCAGCGGCUGACUGGUGCCCCUCACACGCCUGUCCCUGCCCCAGACUUCCUAUUUGAAAUUGAAUACUUUGACCCAGCCAACGCCAAAUUUUAUGAGACCAAAGGAGAACGAGACCUAAUCUACGCCUUCCAUGGUAGCCGCCUAGAGAACUUCCAUUCCAUCAUCCACAAUGGCCUGCACUGCCAUCUGAACAAGACAUCCUUGUUUGGAGAGGGGACCUACCUCACAAGUGACUUGAGCCUGGCCCUCAUUUACAGCCCCCAUGGCCAUGGGUGGCAGCACAGCCUCCUUGGCCCCAUCCUUAGCUGUGUGGCCGUGUGUGAGGUCAUUGACCAUCCAGAUGUCAAGUGCCAAACCAAAAAGAAGGAUUCCAAGGAGAUAGACAGAAGAAGAGCAAGAAUCAAACAUAGCGAAGGGGGCGACAUCCCUCCUAAGUACUUUGUGGUCACCAAUAACCAGCUCCUGCGAGUGAAGUACCUUCUGGUGUAUUCACAGAAGCAGCCCAAGAGCAGGACUUCGAGCCAGCUCUCCUGGUUUUCCAGCCAUUGGUUCAUGGUCAUGAUGUUCCUGUAUCUGCUGCUGCUGCUCAUAGUGAGUGUCAUCAACUCCUCUGCUUUCCAACACUUUUGGAAUCGCGUUAAAAGAUAAUCUUUCUGGUUCUGGUGUGGGGACCACCUCAACCAUGUGCCUUAAAAUAGCUUGUUUCCUACCUCCUGUGCCUCAUGUCCGGCCAGGUCAAGCCUGGGGACUAGUUGAGGGUCACAGGACAAUUUUUAAAAUGCCAUAAAUGUACUGAUUGCCUUUGAUGAUGCUCCCAGCCACACUCCAGUCUGUUGGGACGCCUGGAUCCUCACUCACAGUUUUCAGGGAGCCCUCCCAUCUGCUCCUUCCUGAACAGACCUAGGGAGUUGGCUCUUCAGCCAGGGCCAAAGGAAAAAGUCCUGCUGCAUUUAAAAACAAAGUGUCCAAGCUGUCAGUGGUAUGUUUACAAUCAUUACUGGCGGAGGUUGGCCCUUUCUCUCAUGCCUUCUGGAAGGCGGAACAUGUGUAGUGGGGACUAUAAAUCACUAGGCGGUUGCCUUAUUUUGGCUUGAGACACCCAAGAGGGAUAGUCAUGUUUCUCAUAAAAAUCAGUGGGAUGGUUUUUGGAUUCCAUCAGUUCUUGUAUGUGAGUGCAAAACAUUUUAACAGUUUUCUCAAAUCAACAGUCAGCCUUCUGCUAUAGCUGUACCUCCCUCCCCACAAACCAUGGAAGAAAAAGGAAAGAGUCAGGGCCCUGAUUUUUUAAAAAUUUCAGACUUAACCUGAGCAACUCAAGACAUCUAUUUCUAAAAAUUACCAACUGUUGCUUAUAGCUGAAAUGGAACCAAAUGUUUGUUUUCUGACUUUUUAAAAUAGCUAUUUGACAAAGUAGUCUUUGUGAGCUGAGAAGAGGGGAAAUUUCUGAACCUAAAGCACCCUUUGGUCAGGACACACAGCCUCUUUCCUAGCUGUGUCCUAGAGUGAAGGAUCUGAGCCUCAGGCUUGCUCCUGUUCUUAUUCUCACAAAGCUGCCUUGAUUGUGGCCUGCCAGCCUCAAGUGCCACAUUGCAGGCCGUCGGUGGGCUGCUGGCCUUGGAAACAGAGGCCUACUUAGCAUGUCACAAAUCCACAUGAUUUGAGCCUCCUUCAGAGGGUCACUGUCUUUGGGACUCAGCCAGGGCUUUAAAGUGUAGGAAGAGCCUCGGCCGCCAGGACAACCGCAGCCCGACUUGGUCCUAUUGUCCUUUCCCUUUGUCCUGCUGAGUUUCAGCUGUCAUGGAGCCCUGUCCAAUUUGGGGGUGAGAUUGCUGUAAAGAUGGGGAAGAAUCAUUUUUCUACAAUUUAUAAAGUUGUGAAAAAGCCAUUGUCAUGGUUUUUACAUUGAAUAUUGAAACAUUUCAAAAAUAAUAAAGAUAUUUUCCUAAUUA